AUGACGCGAUCUUUUUCUCCUCCUUCUACCUCCUACUCUAAUGCAAAUACCCUGGCACCAAGAAGAAUAUGGUGCACUCUAAUCUUUACAUUCGCACUCUUGGCGUGCGCGUUUGGACAAUCGACCGAAACGUUCCCGCCACCAGGCCAACCGGCGAAAUCGGGCACACCGGGGCAGUUUGAGCUGAUUGGGAGCAGUCUCGUGAGCGCGCAACAGAUAUUCCUUGGGACAGAGGAUAAGGUCUUCUUCGUAGAUAAAGUCGAGAACAACCCCGCUCAGAUCAAUGGCCAUCCCGCGUGGGCAUCUGAAUGGGCGACCGGUCCGAACACCCAGCGGCCCAUGGACGGCUUGACCAACGCGUUUUGUGCGGGCGGGAACGUGCUCGGCAAUGGCACAUGGCUGAACAUUGGCGGCAACCAAGCAGUCACGUAUGGCGGAGAGCCUGCCGAAAGCCAGCACGGCGGGGGUGCCUACGAUGAUCCCGAUGGCAGACGAUCCCUCUUAACACCCUGCGAUGACGGAAAUUGUGAUUGGACUCUGGCACGAGAUUUGACGACUAAUCGGUGGUAUCCUACGGUCGAAACUCUUGAAGAUGGCCACAUAAUCAUCCUGGGCGGCUGCAACGAUGGUGGAUACGUGAAUGACGCGCGUCAAACAAAUCCCACCUACGAGUUCUUCCCUUCGCGAGGAAGACCCAUCACCUCGCCCAUCCUCGUCAACACCCUCCCCGCGAACCUCUACCCACUGACAUGGCUCCUCCCCUCCGGCCGCCUGCUCAUCCAGUCGAAUUGGGCCACCGUGCUGCUGGAUUACAAGAAAAAUCGUGAGUAUGCGCUGCCGGAUAUCCCUGAUGCCGUCCGCACAUACCCUGCAAGCGCUGGGACGAUUAUGCUGCCACUCACGCCAGCGAAUAAUUGGACGGCGACGAUUCUGUUUUGUGGAGGGAGUAAUCUGCAGCCUGAGCAAUGGGUCGCGAAUUGGAAUAUUCCUGAGUUCAAAGCCUCGACGUCGUGUGUCUCCAUCUCACCCGACGUAUCGAAGCGGUACAUCAAGGAUGAUCCCCUACCGGAAGGCCGUUCAAUGGCGAACCUGAUCUUCCUUCCCACCGGACAAGUGCUAUGCAUUAACGGCGCAAGGACCGGAACGGCGGGCUAUGGUAAUCAGUCAUUCGCUAUAGGGCAAUCUUAUGCCGACAACCCGGUGUUUACGCCGACGAUCUACGAUCCUAAUGCCCCUGCGGGACAACGGUGGAACAGGGACGGGCUUGGUUCGAGUAAUGUUCCGAGGUUGUACCACUCUUCUGCUGUUCUUCUCCCCGAUGGUUCCGUCUUUGUGUCUGGUUCGAACCCCAACAGCGACGUCAACGUAGGCAAGGGAAUCAAGUACCCGACAGAAUACCGCACGGAGAGGUUCUACCCGCUGUAUUACAACGAGCGCCGCCCUCAGCCGGUCGGGCUGCUCAAGCAGAUUGGAUACGGGGGCGAGUCGUUCAAUGUGCACCUUUCCGCGGAUGAUUUGUUUGGGGACGUCGGAAACGUGAAGAACGCAACUGUCGCUUUGGUCCGGACUGGGUUCUCUACACAUGCGAUGAACAUGGGUCAACGCUAUCUACAGCUUGAGUCGACGUAUACCGGAUAUCCCAACGGGUCUGCGGUUCUGCACGUCAGCCAACUCCCACCUAAUCCAGCCAUCUUCGCUCCUGGCCCCGCGAUGCUGCACGUCGUCGUCAAGGGCGUGCCGUCCGUCGGACUCAUGGUCAUGCUAGGCAAUGGGCAGCUUGGGGAGCAGGAGACCAGGGCGAUCGGGGAUCUGCCCGAGUCCGCGAUUUUGGCGGAGGGUGACGAGGGGGCCUCGGAGAGCCAUAAUGGGAAUGGGGCGGUGGGGAGAGGGUGGGAUUGGAAGGGGUGGGUGUGGGUGGCAUUGUUGGGUGCUGUUUCUCUGUCGGGGUCAUCGAGAACGCGUCUUACGAAGGACCUGCGACCGAAUUCGAAAGCUGGUGUUUACCAAGUUGCGAGGGACCGAGACCGAGACCAAGGCCGACCACCAUACAAGUCUGAGGCAUCCCGUCCGUCGCGACCGCGGCUUACGAAGGACUACCGACCUGAUUCGCGUGAACCCACACAACAAGCAGCAAAAGACCGAUACCAAGAACGGCACCAGGCCAAACCGGAAGCACCGGGCCCACGUCGAUUCGAACGCGACUCGCUACCUCAUGUAGGGCGCGUGAUACCGAAGGAGGGGGAGAGGGAUACGAAUCGUCAGUCGCGUCCGCGUACGAGAGAACCCAUCCCGAAGCCGCGAGAUAAAUAUGGGUUUAAUUGGGAUGUUGACUUAGAACAACGGAGGACAAGGACUGAUCACAAGGAAGAAGCCUCGUCGCAAAGGGUGAAGGCUGAUCCACUGCAGAAGGAUUUGCCAACAGAAUUUACAUCGCCCCCACUGAUGCCUGGAAUUCUCUCCUGCUUGGAGGGCGCGAUCGGGGCCAAUGCGCGACCUACUCCCAUCCAGUCUCUGAGCUUGAAGUGGUUACUUGAGGAUUCAGCACAGCAGACAUCGUCUCCCACUACUACCUCCAGCUAUAAGCAAUUCCUCCUGGCAUCCGAAACUGGUUCCGGCAAAUCCAUCGCCUACCUCCUUCCGGUGCUUCAAGCACUAAAGAUGUCCGAGGCGCAAUCGCGUUCCGUUCAAUCUGGUGAGGAGGAAUUACCAUUAAAUCCCCGAGCUCUGGUCCUGGCCCCAACCCAUGAACUCUCGCGGCAGUUAUCUACGUUCGCAAAGGCUCUGAUACAUGAUGUCAAAUUGCGUAUCCUAUGUGCUAGUCGUGCUAAUACCAAAAACGGUCGACCCACCAGCACCACGGCCAGCAAGAUGACGGCCAAGCGCGAGGGGGCCGUUGAAGCAUCGGAUACACCAUCUUCUGAAGUCCAAGUGCAAGAACCGAAGAAGAGUUGGCCAGUGGAUAUGGUUGUGGGGACGCCCAACAAAAUCUUGGACAUGGUGAGAGGUAGGGGAUGGGAUCGGGAGGAGCAGGCCGAGGAGGAAGAAGAGGAGAGUGAACUAUGGGAGAGUGAGCAUGAGAAGCCUUUGCCCAGAGGCGUAGAGAGAUAUGGUCGAGGUGCACCGGAGAUGGGACUGGCCAACGUUGAAUGGGUCGUUAUUGACGAAGCGGAUGUUCUCAUGGAUCCUGAUUUCCAAGAAACGACUCUGAAGAUUCUGUCAGAUAUUUCCGCUGCCCGUGGACGUCCUAUCACCCCUGCAGACGAAGACUCCAAUGGAUCAGUCCCCGCUGUUGAGUAUCCUUUCAACCUCGUGCUGACCAGUGCAACCAUCCCCUCUGCCCUUGCCACAUAUCUCGACACACACCUCCCCAAGCUCGUGCGGUUGGUUUCCCCUGGUGUUCACCAUCUUCCCAAGACGCUUCAAACCGAGUUCAGCGCCUGGACAGGCGGAAAUAAGUAUGCCGAUAUCGAGCAUCGUAUACGCCGCGUCUGGGCUGAAGAUGCUACAACUGGAGGCAUCGGUGGCAAGCGUUCAAACCCAUUAGGCGAACACGGUCGAACAUUGUCCAAGAUCCUGGUCUUCUGUAACCAAAAUACGAAAGUAGAUGCCCUAAGCGAAUAUCUUUUGUCCAAAGGCAUCAAGACUGUCGCGCUUACAAGCCAAGGCUCAGAGAGGAAGAAGGGCUCUAAUCAUCAUCUCGAUGGCUUCCUCAGGGUCCCCGCAAGCAAGGAACGCCAGGACUCUUCUAAAGAUACUGCCCUUGUCUCUUCGGAUCCAGCUCAAAUACCACAUGUCAUGAUUACGACCUCUCUUCUAUCGCGGGGCCUCGAUUUCUCUCCCGAUAUACGACAUAUCUUCAUUGUUGAUGAACCGAGGAACAUGGUAGACUUCUUGCACAGGGCUGGACGCUCAGGCCGAGCAGGCGAGCGAGGGAAGGUCGUUAUCUUCGGGAAGAUGAAAGGCCGCGGUAGCUCAAAGGCCAAGGAUGUCAGGCAGAGAGUGAAAGCUUUGAACUGA